CGCCAUGCCGCUGGACAGCCUGGCCCUGGCGCAGUGCGUGUGCUACGUGCUGGCCUUCGUCUCCAGCUUCGUGGCGGUGGUGCCGCUGUCCGAGAACGGCCAGGACUUCGGCGGCCGCUGCCUGCUCUUCACCGACGGGCUGUGGCUGAGCGCCAACCUGUCGGUCCAGGGCCGCGAGCGCUUCACCGUGCAGGAGUGGGGCUCGCCCGCCGCCUGCCGCUUCGGCCUGCUCGCCGGCCUCCUGUCGCUGCUGCUGGCGGCCGCGCACGCCUGGCGCGCGCUCUUCUCGCUCUGCAAGGGCCACGACGGCUCAGUCCUGGGUGCCUUCGUGAGCCUGUUGGUGAGCGCCUUGGUAGUGUUCCUGGUCUUCAUCGCCAGCACCAUCGUGAGCGUGGGUUUCACCAUGUGGUGUGACGCUGUUACUGAGAAGGGCACAGUGGCCCACAGCUGCAAAGAGCUCCAGGAUACGGACUUGGAGCUGAAUGCGGACAACUCUGCCUUCUACGACCAGUUUUCCAUUGCCCAGUUUGGCCUGUGGGCAGCGUGGCUGGCCUGGCUGGCCCUGACGGUGCUGGCGUUCCUGAGGGUGUACCGAAGCCAUCGGCAGGAGGACCUGCUUGACAGCCUGGUGCUUGAGAAGGAGCUGCUCCUGGGCCGGCCCUUCCAGGAGGAGAAAAGCGCCAUCAUCUAGGCCCCGCACCUGUCCUGCUCACAUGCUGCCCCACUGAGCCUGCCAAGGGCCAUCCAGGCAUGGACCUGUAGGGUACAGGGGCAGGCCUGGGCACACCUCUGAGCAGCAGCCGGCCAGCCCCUCCCAGCUGCAUGACCCCCAGUGACUCUGUGACCCAUCUCGGUCCUGACACAGCCCUGCCCCUCAGUGCCCAGGACUGCCUGUCCCCGCCAUCCCUGCUGAGCCACCCUCCCUGGCCUCAGCAUUGGGAUACAGAGACUGUGGUGGGGGCAGUUGGGGGUGCCUAUGUGAGGGUGUCUCCAGGGUGC